CGUAGCCUCGUGUUAUAUGUGAAUCUCGCGUCUUCAUUUAUAGGUUUCUCUUAUAAGACUUCUCACUGGACGAAAGCGACAUGUAUGGAGUUGCAAGUGCACUAUGAAGAUGUCGAGCUUCUUCCUGCGUUCUCUUCAGAGGACUACCCAAAAGUAAUCAAGUCUGGUGGUGGUGGUAGUCUGAUAUUGAUGAAGAAGGGCAGCAUCACUAUGCUGGUCCACCGAUUAGGUCGCCCGGAGCUUCUCGGAUGGCUAUUCGAUCUCGAGAACACCUACGACUUCGAUUAUAGCCUGGUGACAUUGAUUCCGAGCACACGCACGAUUCCUAUGUCCAACCGCAAGGGAGAAGGGAGAAGGGUUAGUUACCUACACUGCCUUCGUUGCGGAGCCCGAGUUUUGACUGGUUUUAUGACCGAAUACGGGGCGGAGGCUAGUCAUGACAUUUGCCACCUCAUCCAAGAUCUUACUUGGAGCUUGGUAUAUGGCAAUUUCGGAAAGUCCAGCUGCGUUGUCGAGCAGACUGUGGUGCGGAGAAAGGCAGCUUUAACUGCAGGUGGUGCAAGAGAACUCGUUGCUGCAGCGUGGAGGAAGAGCGGAAGGCCGGCCUUCCACUCUCUCCUGACCGCACAAGUGCUGCCAGGAACACGAAAUCUACCGUUUUAUCAGGGGGGGGGACUAAUCUACCGGUGGAACUGAAGAGUCGGUGCCGGAAAUGUACCGUGACAUUGAAGUAAAUUAUAUUUUAUGUUCGUUUCAUUUUCCACCCCACCAUAGAUUUAGGUCUUCCGCCGGCAUGCUUAUUCAGGUGAGAUACGGAUGAGGAGAGCGUGUAUCUAGUGUUCUGUCGCAUUUUAACGGGUUUGGUCAAGUGUACCACUCCCAGCCAGUAAUCUUCGUUCUCUGCCAGUUGUGUUUCAAAGACAUGGCACACGAAACAAUAAGC